AUGACAUUGAAAGGACACUGCAAAGGUAACUGCCGAUUAAAGCAUUGCAACAACUUAAAACUAGAUCCAGAAAUCGGUUUUUGCGAAAGAUGGAGGCGAAAGCGCAAAGUACGACCUGCAGAAACAGAUAUCGCUGAGGCGAGACAAGCAGUUGGGACAUCAUUCGUCGAACAUCACUUGACGAUCGAGCAACUUAAAGAUCUCUAUCCGGAUUCAUAUAUUCAUCACGAAUUCCCGGAACGCAGCGAUGGACUGCACAGCGAGGAGGCAAGGAAACGACUACGUGAUGGGGGAGGUAACGUGCUUCCGCCACCAAAGGAAGAGAGUCUAUUUCACGUGUUCAUCAGACAAUUCCAUUUCAAAUUUUGGCUACUUCUCACGGGUGCGGCAUUUCUCUCAAUAGCCGCUUACUUCGUUCAUUACGCACAUGGCUACAAUGAACCGCUAAACCUCUACUGUGCCUUCAUACUUUUGCUUGUUGUGUUGUUCAUGGGUUUGUUAUCACUGUGGCAAGAGCAAAAAGCGAGAAAAGUUGUAAAAAGUUUCACAAAGUUACUUCCAUCAAAAGCGAUUGUUAUCAGAGAUUGUGAGGAGAAGGAGGUUAACAUCGAGGAUAUUGUCGUCGGCGAUUUAGUAGUGAUAAGAUCCGGCUCCCGAAUACCUGCUGACAUUCGAAUCCUUCAAACGAACUGCCUUACUAUUGAAGUGUCUGAAGUGACCGGUCAGACGGCCCCAGUUGAAUGUACAACAGAGGCGGCCGCCUCACACGUUUCUGUGUUCGAUUCGAGAAAUGUCGCCUUCAAAGGGUCAUACUGCACGGAAGGUGACGGACUUGGUAUUGUGAUAAGAACUGGAAAGUUUACAGUCCUGGGUGGAAUAGCAAACCUUCACACGCAACUUCCACCUCCAAAAAGCAAACUCCAGACUGAACUUCGCAUUUUCACGAAUUUUAUCUCAGUGCUGGCUAUAUGUAUGGCUGUGGCGAUGUUUCUCAUCGGAUGCAUUGUCGCAAAGUUCGAGAAUGUGCUAGACCACUUUGUGAUCGGAUUUUUGGUGAUUAUUGUGGCUAACGUACCUCAAGGAUUGCCAGCCACGGUGAUGUCGCAACUGCGGAUAAUAGCACGAAGGAUGGCUCAGAAGAAUAUCUAUAUCAAGAAGUUGGAACUGAUAGAUGAGCUGGGUGCAGCUACGAUAAUCUGUGCAGAUAAAUCUGGCACACUUACGAUGAACCAAAUGGUUGUCACAGAUUUGUGGUUCAACAGGAGAAUGGUCACAGGGGCUGGUGUUGAUCUAAAGCAUCCUCACAUUAGAACGAUGCGAUCUGCUGUCAAAUCUGGUGGCGAUCGUCUGGAAGAACCACUUCCCGACAUUCUCACUGUGAUGUCGGUGUGCAACCGAGCUCAAUUCGAACACGUACGACGUUCCAUGCGUCGCGUCUCGACCAUGCGGGCACUUCAGAAGUCCGCCUCAGAAGCGAUGCUCAGUGGACCUGUCAAGAAACGAUUCACCAUUGUUGACACACGCACCGGGCAAGUGUCGGAACGGAGGCGACCAACUCUUCCAAGUGUGGAAGAUCUCUCCGCGCUUGAGCAAAGUAUUGAUCUAGGAGAAGCCGCCUCCAAACCAACCCAUCUUGGAACAAAUCGAACGAAAAGUCGUAAAAAUGAGAUUUUCGGCAUUCCAAGCGAUGUAGCACUUGUUAAGUACGUGGAGCUGAACGCGAGUGUGGAAGCUAUUCGUCAAAGAUAUCACUCAGUGCAUGAGAUUCCAUUCAAUUCAAUCCGUCGAUGGCAACUUGUUGUCUGUAGAUGUUUGGCUGAUGUGCAGUGCCCUGAAAAUCUUCCCGAGCUGAGAGAAAAAGAAGCGCGAUAUGUGGUAAUGAUGAAAGGUGCGCCGGAAGUGAUUUUAGGGAAAUGUAAGAAGGCUCGUGUUCAGAAAGACAUUGUUGACGUUGACGAUAAGUUCAGACAGGAUUGUCAGACAGCAUGGGAAUCACUGGGCAGUUCUGGACGAAGAGUGAUCGCCUUUGCCCAAGCUCAUUUCAAUGCUUCUAUAAACGCUAAAUUUGGUUCCGGCGAGGAUCGUUGGCCAGAAGAUCUUGUUUUCCUUGGGAUGGCUGCCAUAAUGGAUCCUCCAAGGCCGGAAACAGCUGCCGCCAUUCAACAGUGCAAAGGGGCCGGAAUCAAGGUUUUCAUGGUUACUGGUGACCAUCCUACAACCGCAAAGGCGGUAGCAACACAGAUUGGUUUGAUAGGUGACGCGAAUGGAAAGGUGAGUGAUGCUGUAGCAGUCCUCCAUUCCUCUUCUUUUUGUCACUCACUCUGUCCCAUAUAG